CACUUCCGUCCGGGGCCUCCCUCCUCUCCCGGUUUGGUUGCUGCCUCCCAGCCGGGCGUUCGAGGCCCCACCGGCCGGACUCCCAACCCUCGGCUCCCAGGCUAGGCUGUGGCCGCCGGCGGGCUCGGGAGCGUGGCGCCAUGCCUCGGGCUUGAUGCGCCGCCCUCUGUUCUCCGGGUCUUCAGUCCUGGUUGUCAGCCCCCACCGCCCGCUCGGCAGUCGGCUUUCAGCGCUCUGCUGGGCGCCGCGGUCGGCCCUGAGCAGCUCCUUCCGACCCCGCCGCCGUCAUCAUGUCCCAGCCGGGAAGGCCGGCCUCCGGCGGCGCUCCAGCCGGUCUGCGGGCCCAGAACGGGGCCGCCUCGGCCUCGGGGUCUCCCUGCGCCAACGGUCCUGUCCAAAAUGCACUGAUGUCUUCACAAGUGUCAGUGAGCCAAGGAUAUAAUUUCCAGCUUCCAGGAUCCUACCCUCAUCUAAUACCAGCAAAGACUUUGAAUCCAGCCUCUGGACAGUCUAACUAUGGUGGUUCUCAGGGAUCUGGGCAGACUCUUAAUAGACCACCUGUGGCCUCUAAUACAGUAACACCUUUGCUCCAUAGUGGUCCUGUUCCCCGAAUGCCACUACCUGCUUCUCAGAACCCAGCUGCUACACCAAUGCCUUCUGGUAGCUUUCUUCCUGGAGCCAACCUACCACCACCUUCGAAUUGGCAAUAUAACUAUCCAUCCACAGGAGCACAGAUAAACCAUUGUCCUCGUGCAUCAGCCCAACCACCUGUAUCUGGGAAUACAAGUUUAACAACAAGUCAUCAGUAUGUUUCUUCUGGAGAUCCUUCACUUCAAAACAGCUUCUUAAAGUCAGGUUCUUCUGUACCUCCCUUAGCAAAUGCACCUCUGCCUACCACUUUUCAACCAGGAGCUCUUCCUGGGCCCCCUCCAGCUGGAGGCCCACCUUCAGUAAGGGCCCUCAUGCCCCAGAAAACAUCACAGAGAGCUGUACCCCAGCCCUCAUUUAAUUCAGCUAUCACCCAAGAAGGUAUUACAUCAAAUACCAAUAACGGAUCUAUGGUAGUCCACAGUAGUUAUGAUGAAAUUGAAGGAGGUGGCUUCUUGGCAACACCACAGCUUACUAAUAAGAAUCCCAAAAUGAGCCGAAGUGUUGGAUAUUCAUAUCCUUCCUUACCACCUGGUUAUCAGAACACGACACCACCUAGUGCAACUGGAAUGCCACCCUCUUCCUUGAAUUACCCAAGUGGACCACAGGCCUUUACUCAGACUCCCUUAGGUGCUAAUCAUUUAACUGCAAGCAUGGGUGGAUUAAGUCUACAUCCAGAGGGCCUAAGAGUUGUCAAUCUUCUUCAAGAAAGAAGCAUGCUUCCCCCAACACCUUUGCAGCCUCCAGUUCCAAAUUUGCAUGAAGACAUCCAGAAACUCAACUGUAACCCAGAGUUAUUUCGAUGCACACUGACUGGCAUUCCUCAGACUCAGGCAUUACUGAAUAAAGCCAAACUUCCUUUGGGGCUGCUGCUUCAUCCUUUCAAAGACCUAGUGCAAUUGCCUGUGGUUACCUCCAGUACAAUUGUGAGAUGCCGUUCAUGCAGAACGUACAUCAAUCCUUUUGUCAGCUUUCUUGAUCAAAGGAGAUGGAAGUGUAACUUAUGUUACCGAAUCAAUGAUGUUCCUGAAGAAUUCAUGUACAACCCUUUGACCAGAGUUUAUGGAGAACCUCACAGAAGACCAGAAGUUCAAAAUGCUACUAUUGAGUUUAUGGCUCCUUCAGAAUACAUGUUACGACCUCCUCAGCCUCCAGUGUACCUCUUUGUAUUUGACGUGUCUCACAAUGCAGUUGAAACUGGAUACUUGAAUUCAGUUUGCCAGAGUUUGUUAGACAAUCUGGAUUUGCUUCCUGGCAACACCAGAACAAAAAUUGGCUUCAUAACAUUUGACAGCACAAUCCAUUUCUACAGUCUUCAGGAAGGUCUCUCUCAACCUCAGAUGCUAAUAGUUUCAGAUAUUGAAGAUGUUUUUAUACCUAUGCCAGAGAACUUACUAGUAAAUUUAAAUGAAAGUAAAGAGCUUGUCCAAGAUUUGCUGAAAACUUUGCCACAAAUGUUUACCAAGACUCUGGAAACCCAGAGUGCCUUGGGUCCUGCACUUCAGGCUGCCUUUAAGCUGAUGUCCCCGACUGGUGGUCGAAUGUCUGUCUUUCAAACACAACUCCCAACUCUUGGAGUGGGAGCCCUGAAACCACGAGAGGAACCCAAUCAAAGGUCAUCUGCUAAGGAAAUACACCUGACACCUUCCACUGACUUCUAUAAGAAAUUAGCCUUGGACUGUUCUGGUCAGCAGGUAGCUGUUGACUUAUUCCUUCUCAGUGGACAGUAUUCUGAUUUGGCUUCUCUGGGUUGCAUUUCUCGCUAUUCGGCAGGUAGUGUCUAUUACUACCCCUCUUACCAUCAUCAGCACAACCCCGUCCAGGUACAGAAGCUGCAGAAGGAGCUGCAGAGAUACCUCACUCGGAAGAUUGGCUUUGAGGCAGUCAUGAGGAUUCGGUGCACCAAAGGUCUUUCCAUUCAUACUUUCCAUGGGAACUUCUUUGUUCGGUCAACAGACUUACUGUCUUUGCCCAAUGUCAACCCAGAUGCUGGGUAUGCAGUACAGAUGUCAGUGGAAGAGAGUCUUACUGACACUCAGUUGGUUUCUUUUCAGUCAGCACUUUUAUACACAUCCAGCAAAGGUGAAAGAAGAAUUCGUGUUCAUACUUUGUGUUUGCCAGUAGUUUCAACUCUGAAUGAAGUCUUUCUUGGAGCUGAUGUUCAAGCAAUUUCAGGGUUAUUGGCCAAUAUGGCUGUUGACAGGUCCAUGACGGCCAGUCUGAGUGACGCUCGAGAUGCACUAGUGAAUGCUGUCAUCGACUCCCUCUCAGCUUACCGUUCUUCAGUCCUAAGUAACCAGCAGCCUGGACUCAUGGUUCCUUUUUCUUUGCGGCUUUUCCCACUUUUUGUGUUGGCUCUCCUUAAACAGAAAUCAUUCCAGACUGGGACAAAUGCACGUCUGGAUGAACGCAUUUUUGCUAUGUUUCAAGUGAAAAAUCAGCCCUUGGUUUACCUUAUGCUCACAACGCAUCCCAGUUUGUAUAGAGUUGACAAUCUGUCAGAUGAGGGUGCACUCAACAUCAAUGAUAGAACCAUACCCCAGCCCCCUGUUCUUCAGCUUUCAGUGGAGAAGCUGAGCAGAGAUGGAGCUUUCCUCAUGGACGCAGGCUCUGUACUGAUGCUUUGGGUUGGAAAAAAUUGUGCACAGAAUUUUCUCAGUCAAGUUCUAGGAGUUCAAAACUAUGCAUCGAUUCCACAGCCUAUGACAGACCUUCCAGAACUUGAUACACCAGAAUCAGCCAGAACAAUAGCUUUCAUCUCUUGGCUUAGAGAUCAGAGACCAUUUUUCCCAAUACUUUAUGUCAUAAGGGAUGAGAGUCCACUGAAAGCAAACUUCCUCCAAAACAUGGUAGAAGACAGAACGGAAUCUGCAUUAUCAUAUUAUGAAUUCCUUUUGCAUAUACAGCAGCAAGUGAAUAAAUGAAGAAAUUUGACUUAGUUAUUUCUAAGAAAUAUCAUGAUAAUGCAGAAUACCUAGGAAUGUGUAAUACCUUCCUUUUCUAUUAAGUUGGACUUAAUGUGAUUAAAAUGUUCUCACUGUGAUUUCAACAAACUAUAGCAAAUAAAGAACCACAGCAGAGAAUCUACCAUGCAACUCUGAAAUACUGUAUUUUUCAAAUCAACAUAUUAUCUACAUAUGACUGAUACCUUUUUUCCUUUGCUGCCAAUUAUGUUUGAGUUAUUAUGGAUUAAAAUAAGAUAAAACAAUAUUGCAGAGGCAAAGUACAUUUUGUAAAAUAAAGAAUUCUGUGUUC